GAAUUAUGAAAUUAUUAUUGGAAUUAUGAUAAAAAUAAUGUAGAGAAUCGAUUUAGUUCAUUACUUAUUUUGUUAAACUAGUAAAACAACAAUUACCAAAUAUAAAGAAAAAAGUGAUAAGUAUGGAAAAAAUUGUGAAACAUUUCAUCAUAAAUUUAUUCGCUAAUGAAAGCGUUAGAAACUCCAGAUAAAUUUUUAGUAACAACGUUAAAAGAACUGAGUAUACCAAGCACGCUACUCUUGCUUUUUAAUUGCUUGUGAACGAAUUUCGAAUUUUAUAUAAGAAAGCUGCUAGAGAGUCGUCACUCGACACUACAAAUAAAAAGUUGCACAAAUAUUAGCAACAAUAAUUUUGGAUCAACCAAAUUAAACAUGUUCUUUUAAAAUACAACUGAUUGACGUCUAGAGCUGCAAAAGACAGUAUUUAUUUACCUAGUUAAUGGAUGCAGAACUACUUUUUAUCCACACUCUAUGACAAACAGUUUCUAGGAGCUAGAGAAAAUGUUUUUGCUCCCAGCUAUUUUCAUGUUUAACAUCUUUCGUAUGCCGAGACUAGUUGCAGCUCGCUUUUGUGAAGGAGGUCAUUACUGUUCGUUGCCAAGGGAAUGUUGUACCCAAGGAUGUUGUCCACCAUACCAAAAUGGACCCCGACAACUUCCACCACCGUCAGAACACGUCUUGAAUUUAUUUUUCAUCAGCCAUUGGUUUUUCUGGUGUGUGGUGGUUGCGAUUAUUUUGGCAAUAUUGUGCGCAUACUCUUUAUGGAAGAAACGCCGUACACUUUGCGGCUGGGGAUUCACGGAGCAUCGUGCUCAAUCAGAGGGCGACUCGGCAGGUUCCUGCUAUGCUCCACCGCAAUACAGUCGCUGUAAUUCGUUUCAUCAUCCACCACCUCCAUAUACCGAAGUCACAUCCAAGCCGGAUCUUUAUCCACUCGUGUUCACAUGCAACAGUGACAAUGCUAAAUCCGGUUCCAGUUACCUGAUGGUACAAUAUUUUCGAAACUAUAUCGUUCGACCAGUUGGAUCACUUUCCGCGGCAAGUACAGUUGAUUCGCUUAGUUCAAGCUUCAUUUGCAAUAUCAAUGAAGCCAACACCCUAGUACCACCUCCAUACUCUCGUGCAGCAAGUCCGGAAACUGAGUUUAGUGCGCAUUUCCAGCAACAGUUUAUGAUGCCUCGUUCAGCCUCGCAAAUAGUUUACGCCUGUGGAGGGAAUGGAGAUAGCAACAAUGCGGGAGCGCGCGAGAUAAGUAGCAGUAUUGUAGCGCAGAAAGUAUAUCAAGGUCAGCAAAAUAAGGUACCACGUUUUACUGUGGUGGCACUUAAUGGAUCAGUUGGUGGAAAUCAGAGCGAAAUUGGUCUGGGAAAUGUUACAAACUCUUCAAUCUCAUACAAUACUAUUUUACAAACAUCUGUUGCCGAAAAUUUUAAUUUUAAUCAAGUUUCAGUCGGGAACAAUCCCAAUCAUACAAAUAACAAAAAUGGAAAUCAUGAUAACAUUGGCAACGGUAGUGGUAGUGAAAGCAAUCGAAGCAGCGUUAGCGCGGGUUGUGUCCCAAAAGGUUUUAUACAGUCUCAAAGCGAUCAACAGCUUCGUUAUAUUAACAAUAGCAACAACAGCAUCAGUGAUAUUUUUAUAAACAACAGUUCCGUAGCCGCUUUUGCAAAUACUACUAACGCAAGCGGUAGUAAGUCCAUAGAUGUAAUAAAUUUUGAUGGAAAGGGUAACAUUACCCCUUCGGAAUCUCGCGAGGCUGUCACAACUUUUUCUAAGCACUCUCCAUUAAAUAAUCACGGGACCUCGGCAAUUUUUCGCAAUGGCCAUAUAAAGCCUAACCCUUUGCAUCGCACGAAAACGAAUUCAGCACAACUUGUAUUCGACCCAAGUAUCCUAAAUCCAACCUACAAAUCAUGUGAUUCAGUUGCUGCUAUUCCUCUUACAGUUCCUGGAGCUGCAGAUGAUUUGUCAGAAACAGAAUUGAAAGAGCUUCAAUUGUUAAGACAAAGUCUGGAAACUUGUUGCCACAUAUUAAAACAGCAGAAGCAUUUGCACCAGCAUCCACAAGGUACGAUAAACGAAACAGAGUCUCCACCAUCCCGACUCAAUGAGCUGACUAAAAAGUAUACUGCAGACGAUCCACGUAACUACAUAAGAUCAGAUAAUUGUUCUGCUGUUAGUAGCCUUACAAACGUUUGCUUGCCUAGCUCACCACCUCAGGCUACAAGCCCAACUGGAGAAGUGAGAGAUAUUCUCGAACAAAUACGUCAAUUGCAGGACAAUAUAAGCUAUGAAGACAUGUUGCUGUAUAUGAAACCUGCCCUUUGUAACACUGUAUCUUCACCCACAAGCACCUCUGCAGAACUAGCCAAGAUCACGAAUGCAACUUCUCAGGGGAAAACAAUUCGCAGUUCCGUUAAAUGUUGUGAAAUACAACAAACCCCAAACCUCAUGACAUCAUCUCCAAUAUUUUCUAAGACCACUGUCCAUUUGGCGUCUCCUUCAGCAGAUAAAGGUACAUCAACAUUUAUAACAACAGCAGCACAAAGGACUUUGAGCUCUUCCAAUGACACCGAAAAUUUAUUGAAGCGCCCGUCAACUUUACAACAACAUAAAAGAAAAUUCUUUACCCCAAAACCAAAUAAAGCUCUUUACAUUCCAAUGGUGCCGAAUAUAACACCGACGCCUUCUAAUAGAUGUAUUUUAAAAAGUCCUGUCAGCAGUGUAGUAGGGACAAAUUUCUUCACUGGCAGAGGAGGCAGAGUGCGAAAAAUUUGGGUCUCACGUUCAGCACCUACAACACCAGGCACCGCAUUGCCGCCUAACCGAUUAAGCGAUGAUAGUCCAUUACUUACAGAUCAUGACGAAGAUCAGGAGACUGACCAAAUUGAAAAUAUUAAGUAAUAGAAAAAGUUGGCAUGUUAUGAAAUUACAUACGUACACUCAUAACAUAACAAAGUCAACUGCGGUUCAAAUAAUUCAAACAUACAUACAAUAUAUGAGCGUACAUAUGUAGGUAUGUAACAUAAUAAAGUCAACUGCGGCUCAAAUGUUGUGUCCCAUAAUACUCAAACCACUCAAUUCAAGUCGAUGUAACAAUUACAGCUUAGUAGGUUGACCCAAACGGUUCAUGGCUGAAAUUAAGUGGUCCAUCAUAUGCCAUGUAAGAACAAAUGCAUGUAGCUAAGUCGCAGUGAAAUUUGCACACGUACAGAUGUGCGUACUAAAAUAGUAUUUGUACAUAUAUUUGAACAAAUUACAUGCCCCGAAAAAAUCUUUUUUUGGUACAACAGCGGGGGUUUGGUGUGAUAGUUUAUAUCAUAUUCCAAAGCCUAUACAUACUGUUGUUAAUCCUUUAAUACCCGAAUGAAUUGGAGCGUAACUAAACAUAUUUCAAAGAUGCUCGUACAUCCGUGGAUGUUAGUCUCGACCUAAAUAUAAAUUAGUAUAGAUUUCAAAGUUCAAUGAAACGUAGUUUAGCCAUUAUAAAAUAUUGUCUGGAUAAAAGUAGUAAAUUUUUAAACACAAACAUAUUUUACUGUAAUUUUUCCCUAAUAGUUGACUAAAAUUCAGCUGUGAUACUAACACAAAUAUAUCUUGCAUUUAGCUCUUAUUUUCGACUUUGAGCAGCUUGCAAAUAAAUACCAGCGACGCAAGCUCCAGCAACAAACUGUUAUAAAAAAAUAAGAAUAGCGUGGCUGCAUCGGGCAUUAAAGGUUUAAAACAUGCUAAAGCUGUAAAUAGCAUUCCUUCACACCCCUAACGCCCUUUUUUAGUAAUUACACUAUAUAACUGCUUUAUUUAUGUGUACUGAGAAACAAUGUUUCAUAGAAACAAUACCCUUUCAAGAAAUAGAGUUUGAAAUAAUAUAAGAAUAUGCCACAUGCAGCUUAGAAACCUUUCUAUGGUUAUUUGAUGUCAUUUUACAAGGUUCCUCAGUUUGCAUAUGUUAAAAUUUUGCACAUUUCCAUAAAACAUAAUUUAUUGCAAACAACCAUCUCUAAACAUUUUCAUAACCAUAGGUAUUCUUUCCAAAAAUAUUUCUGGUUAUGUUUAAAAAGUUAUAAUGAUAGAUAUUUUUAAACAUUUUAGUUUGUUAAUUUAACUUAAAAGUUAAUAAAAAUGGAUAAAGUUUAUAA